UCCUUUCUCUUUUGGACAAAGCACCAAACGAUAGCGUAUUAUACACUCCGCCAUUUUUCCUUGCGCCUGAGUCCUGACCCAAUUAUUCUCUCUGGUAAGCCACUUCCUUCACUUAUUUCCUGCUUCGCAGGACAGUGACAGAACAAACCCUUUACUCAACCGUCCGUUCAAAUUUCAGAUUCACCAAUCAGCUCAGAUCAUUUUCAAUCACCAUGACCACCAGCAUCCACAUCACCGCCCUUGACGGUAUCGUCAAUGUGAACUCCCUCUUCACUCUCGCCGUCUUCGUCGGCCUCGCCUGGAACCCAACCGACCCCAACAGCUCCCUUAUCACCGAUCCCACCUCACCUUGCGCCGCCGGCUCCACCAUCGUCGAGAACAUUGUCUCCUAUCAUGUCUUCUCCUUCAGUUCCUUCCUCUUCUCCAGCUUGAUCGCUCUUGCACUCAAGCAAGCUCUUCGGAUCUCCAAAACCACCGAUUUUCACUCUCAUUCCCAUCACUUACCCGAGUUCUUCGUGCGAGUGAACAAGAACUCAUUGCGGGUCGGGAUGCUGGCUUCGGGUGUCGGUUCGGUUAUCGGAUGCGUGUUCUUAAUGCUGGCAUUGAUUAAUGUGGUUCAGUUCAAGCUCGGGACUUUGGCUUGUGGAAGUGGGUAUAGCUUCGCUGCGGUUGUGCCACUUGUGAUUUUUGUCCCUCUUGCUCUCUUGAUUUAUGUCUGUAUCGUUUUGUAUGCUUUUACUCGAUGAUCUUUAUUCUUUAGAAUGAUUUGUAAAUUAAUGUAUCAAUGAGUUUUGUACGUCUUCUAUGAAGAUGUUAUGGCUGAGCUGAAAUUCAAAAUGGAAGUGCUUUUACUUUCACGUAACAAUUUGGAAAGAUGCUUCAUUUUUCUAUGCUUCAA